UGGAACAUUGAAGGACUACUACCACUUCUACCAUAGUAAAACAAUUAAAAGGUCAGUUCUCUCAAGUAGAGGUACCCACAGCUUCAUUUCAAUGGAACCAAAGGUGGAGUGGAUACAACAGCAGGUGGUUAAAAGAAGGAUAAAGAGGGAUUAUAAACCUGGUGGUACCCAAUCCACUUAUUUCAAUGAUCCCAAGUGGCCAAGCAUGUGGUACAUGCACUGCAGUGACAACACCCACCAUUGCCAGUCAGAUAUGAAUAUAGUAGGUGCUUGGAAGAGAGGUUACACUGGAAAGAAUGUUGUGGUCACCAUCCUGGAUGACGGCAUUGAAAGAAACCACCCAGACUUGAUGCAGAAUUAUGAUUCUCAGGCCAGUUUUGAUGUAAAUGGAAAUGAUUUUGACCCUAUGCCUCGCUAUGAUGCCAGCAACGAGAACAAGCAUGGAACUCGUUGUGCUGGAGAAGUGGCAGCCACAGCAAACAACUCACACUGCACAGUAGGAAUCGCCUUUAAUGCCAAGAUUGGAGGUGUACGGAUGCUGGAUGGAGAUGUGACAGAUAUGGUGGAAGCAAAGUCUCUAAGCCUUAAUCCCCAGCAUAUCCACAUCUACAGCGCCAGCUGGGGGCCUGAUGAUGAUGGCAAGACUGUGGAUGGACCUGCUUCUCUGGCACGUCAGGCCUUUGAGAAUGGCAUCAGAAUGGGACGAAGAGGCUUAGGUUCAGUCUUUGUUUGGGCAUCUGGAAAUGGUGGAAGAAGUCGAGACCACUGCUCCUGUGAUGGCUACACCAAUAGCAUCUACACUAUAUCCAUAAGCAGUACAGCUGAAAGCGGAAAGAAGCCAUGGUAUCUGGAAGAAUGUGCGUCCACACUAGCUACAACAUACAGCAGUGGAGAAUCCUAUGACAGGAAAAUAAUUACUACAGACCUGAGGCAGCGUUGCACAGACAGCCAUACUGGAACCUCAGCCUCUGCACCUAUGGCUGCAGGCAUCAUUGCCCUGGCACUGGAAGCAAAUCCAUUUCUGACCUGGAGAGAUGUACAGCACAUUAUUGUCAGGACUUCACGUGCAGGACAUCUGAAUGCUAAUGACUGGAAAACCAAUGCAGCUGGUUAUAAGGUGAGCCACCUUUAUGGAUUUGGACUGAUGGAUGCUGAAGCAAUGGUGACAGAAGCAGAAAAGUGGACAACGGUGCCUCCACAGCAUGUGUGUGUGGAGAACACAGAUCGGCAAAUCAAAACAAUACGACCUGACAGCAUUGUCCGUUCAAUUUACAAAGCCACGGGCUGUUCAGAUAAUCCUAACCACCAUGUGAUCUACUUGGAGCAUGUUGUUGUGCGUAUCACUAUUACUCACCCUAGACGUGGCGACUUGGCAAUUUACCUAACCUCUCCUUCUGGAACUAGGUCACAACUUUUGGCCAACAGGCUAUUUGAUCAUUCCAUGGAAGGAUUCAAAAACUGGGAGUUUAUGACUACUCAUUGCUGGAGUGAAAAAGCAGCAGGGGAUUGGAUCUUGGAAAUCUGUGACACUCCAUCUCAGCUGAGAAAUUUCAAGACUCCAGGCAAGUUGAAAGAGUGGUCCUUAGUACUGUAUGGAACAUCCAUCCAGCCUUACUCACCAAGAAAUGAUUUUUCCAAAGUGGAAAGAGUGCGCUCUAGUACAGCUGAAGACCCUACAGAAGAUUAUACAACAGAUGACUAUUCAGGUCCCUGCAAUGCAGAAUGCAGUAAAGUAGGGUGUGAUGGGCCAGGACCAGAUCAUUGUACUGACUGUCUGCACUAUUACUACAAAUCUAAAAACAACACAAGGAUCUGUGUUUCGACCUGCCCACCUGGUCACUACAAUGCAGACAAGAAACGAUGUAAAAAAUGCUCACCCAAUUGUGAAACCUGUGUUGGAGGCCAUAAUGACCAGUGCAUGACCUGUAAAUCUGGCUACUACCUGAAUGAAGUAACCAAUAGCUGUAUUACCAACUGCCCUGAUGGGUUUUACCUGGAUAAGAAUAAGAUUGUUUGUCGAAAAUGUAGUGAAAACUGCAAGACCUGUGUUGAAUUCCAAAUCUGCACAGAAUGCAGACAUGGCCUAAGUUUGCAUGGCACCAGAUGUGCUAUCCGCUGUGAAGAGGGAAAAUACCAUAAUGGCAGAGAGUGUGAACCUUGCCACCGUUCCUGUGCAACGUGUGCAGGUGCUGGAGUAGAUGCCUGUAUAAACUGCACACAGGGUUACUUUAUGGAAGAUGGAAGAUGCGUGCAGUCCUGUAGUAGUGGUUAUUACCUUGAUCACUCCACUGAAAGUGGAUACAAAACCUGCAAAAGAUGUGAUGCCAGCUGUUUGGAUUGCAGUGGCCAAGGAGACAGAAACUGUACGAGCUGUCCAAGUGGCUAUAACCUAGACACUGGUGUCUGUGUCAUUGGAACAGUAUGCAAGGAUGGGGAAUAUCUUGAUGAUUCCCAAGAAUGCCAGUUGUGUGAAAUAUCCUGUCAGAAAUGCAUUGGACCUGAGUCAGACAACUGCAUCAGCUGCCCACUCACAAGAGUCUUUGAUGAUGGCUGCUGUGUUAUGCAAUGCCCCAGAGGAAAGUUUGAAUUCAGACAGCAGUGUCACUUGUGCCAUCAUACCUGCCUGGACUGCAGUGGAAGUGAACCUAAUAAAUGCACCACUUGUGGAACAGACAGAAGAGGGGUGGAACGCUUCCUGUAUCAUGGGGAAUGCAGGGACAACUGUCCUCCAGGUCACUACCACUUGGAGCAUACCUGUGUGCCCUGCCCUGGCCACUGUGAGGUGUGCCAGAACUCCAGCCACUGCAAAAGAUGUUUCAGAGGCUACUACCUUACUCAAAACGUGUGUCAGAAGCAUAGUUGUAGAGAAGGUGAAGUUGAAGAUCCUGACUCUGGAGACUGCAUACCAUGUUCAGAUGGAUGCCACAAUUGCAAACAGGAUGAUCCAAGAAUCUGUAUAACAUGCCUUCAAAACUAUUACAUGUAUAAGCAGCAUUGCUACAAAGACUGUCCAGAAAAUACCUACAGAGAUGAAAGUUCUUGGCAGUGUAGAGGCUGUCCUAGCAACUGUGAUAGCUGUGACAAGGAUGGGUGCUACUCAUGUGAGGAAGGCUUUUAUCUCUCAGAUGGCACCUGUGUGAGUGAGUGUGGAGACGGCUUCUUUGCUGAUGGCAUCUCUAGAGAAUGCGAGCCUUGCCACAGGAGCUGUGCAACCUGUGUGGGGUACAGUUACAAGAACUGUACUGGGUGCAAAAACAGUUUCCAACUAUCUCAUGGGCAGUGCCUGAAUCCAAGAAAUGCUCUGCCAGCUGGGAAGUUCCGGAGUGAUGGAAAUAGAAAAUUGCUGUCCUGUGAUUCUUCGUGUAUGACCUGUGAGAAAUCUGCUGAUGUGUGUACUUCAUGUCCAGAAGGAAAAUUUCUUAUCCAUGACACCUGUGUUUCUCUGUGCCCUCCAAAAUAUUUUGGCAACACUGCAAGUGGAAAGUGCGAGAUGUGUGGGGAUGACUGUGAGGUGUGCUCUGACCAGUGGCACUGUCAGAAGUGUCAGGCUGAACGGAACCAGCUGCCCUUCCUCCACAAAGGCAGAUGUUUACAGGAGUGCCCUGAGGGAUAUUUUAAUGAUUCGGAGACUUGCAAGGAAUGCAGUGGAUCCUGUAAGACAUGCAUGGGAAGUGCAACCCAAUGCCUGUCCUGUAAAAGUCCUUUGCUUCUGGAGCACUGGGAAUGUAAAUCUACUUGUUCAGAGAAGCAUUUUGCCUCUGAAGGAAUCUGUAAACAUUGCCCUGAAAUGUGUCAGGAAUGUAUUCACGAUGAAAUAUGCACAGGUAUUACAGAGAACCGCUGUUCUGUAGAAUAAAGUCCACCUGGGUCUGUCUGGACUGACAGAAAACCAAGUCCGAAUUCAGUAAUGUACAAAAAAAAAAAAAAGAAAAAAGUGAUGUGCAUAUCAUUGAUAUCAUUGUUAAUCCCUCAAAUAGAUUACAGUGAGACUAAUGAUUACUCUGUAAAGAUUUCACAUUGCUUUGCCUGGUUCUGUGGUUCUUCAGAAAUUCCUGCUGGCUUUAUUUUAUUUUUGAUCUAGUGUACCCAACCUUAAAAACUUGUGCACCAAUGUGAAACACAGAAUGUUUCUUUUCUAGCUUAGUUGAAUUUCACAACUCUUUGCCAUUUUUGCAAA